UCACUCCUCCUUUCCUCACUUCCCCCGCUCGUUCCCUGCAAGCAACCCGACCGACACCACGCCGCCAACCAACACGAUCAACGCUAGCAGCAGCAGCAGCAGCAGCAGCAGCAGCAGCAGCAUUCGGCUCCACCCAGUGCUUGCCUCGACGCACCGCGGCACCCUCAUCGAUCCACACACCGCGCGUGCGCAUCCAAACAUGUCCUCCGAUUCGGCCCCUCCCCCUCCUCCUGCUGUACAAACAGCCGAUCGUGAGCGUGUGGUGCAGUCGCUGCUGCGUCUCACACGAUGGACGUACUCGCACAACCGACCUGCCGACGAGUCGCGGCGGACGCUCGUGCUGCUCUUCCUGCUGUGCGCCGUGUCUGGGAUGGUGUACGGAUUCACGGCGUCGCUGGGAGGCCUGCUCGACCCGAUCAGCGCCGACCUCGACUUUGUCAACUCGACAACCUCCAGCGAGCUGCUCAACUCUGCCACGCUCGUCGGCGGCCUCGCGUUCUCGCCGGUCGCGGGCGUGAUGGGCGACCGGCUCGGGCGCAUCUGGACGACCCUCUUCUGCGGCGUGCUCUCCACUGCAGCCAGCGUCGUCUCGGCCGUCGUCAACGACUUUUGGUUUCUGUGUGCAUGCCGGCUUGUCCUGGGCAUCGGGUCGACCGUGAUCUGCUUCAUUGUCCCCGUGUACGUUGCCGAGUGCGCUCCCGCCAAGUCCCGCGGCCUGCUCGUCGCCGUCUUCCAGCUGUCCAUCAACACGGGCCUCGCGCUCUCGUAUGGCGUCCAGCUCAUCCUCAGCUGGCGAUGGGCCCUCGGCGUCGGCGCUGCACCUGGCCUCCUUGUCAUUUUGCUCGUCGCCGGUUGGCUGCCGGAAAGCCCCCGCUAUCUCUUGUCCAAGCUUGCGCCACAGCGAGCGCGCCGUUCGUCCAGCCUGUCGGACGGGCACGGUGCAAUCGGGUCUUCCUAUCAUGAGCAUGAUAACGCUGAAAUUGACGGUGAUGGUGAUGAUGAUGAGGCAGAGGACACGGCAAAGUUGCUGGGGCCACGAUCCAGAAUUGCCGCGGGCCACACACCCCAAACUCGGUCGUCCGGCAAAAUCAACCGACAUCGCAACAUUCAGGCGAGCAGUCUGCAGCUCAAGAACGAUGACGCGGGUGGCGAAGCGGGCGUCGAGAACCAGCAGCCCGAGGACGACGAAAUUGUCCACCUCUCUGCGCGCGAGUUCUUCUCGCUGCUGUCCGUUCGGAGUGUCAUGCUCGGAUUUAUGCUGUGCAUUCUCAACAACUCGGUCCAGGGAGUGGUUUCUUACGGCCCGCAGAUUUUCAAAGCGGCCGGAUACUCGAACGACGACGGUGUGCUCGCUGCCACGAUUGCCGGCGGCGUCUCCAUCGUGCUGUCGCUCAUCAGUCUGCCGGUGAUUCACCACUGCUCGCGUCGCUUCUUGCUUGUCAUCACGGCGCUCGGCGUGACCAUUGGCACGCUGGUCAUGGCCGCUGGCUUCCAAUUCCUCGAGCCGGGCAGCUCACGUCUGGGCUUGCUCAUCACGGGCCAGGCCGUGACAAUCCUGGCCUUCCAAAUGGGAGUAGGGCCUCUCUUCUUUGUUGUUGUGCCAGAGAUUUUCCCCCAGCGGAUACGUGGCGCUGCCAACGGCAUGCUCUCGCUGUUGCUCGCGCUCUGCUCGCUCAUCAUCACCAUCACCUUCCUCAGCUCAAUCGAUGCGGUUGGUGUUGCAGGCACAUUCCUCUACUAUGGAUUGUUGUUCUUCUUGUGCUUUCUCGGCGUUUGGCGCUUCCUUCCGGAGACUGCGAACGUGGUGUUGGAGCACAUUUCAGUGUAG